AGAGAGAGAAAACAACUCCGACCACUCAUUUUUCCUUCCACUCCGACACCGAGGAAGAGGGAAGUGGGGCCCGUCGCCGCCGUCAGCGUGGACACGUGGCGGAGAGACGUUGGUGGCUGCCGCACCAGUUCAGCCUUUGGUUCCCUCGUGUGGCUCUACCGGCGCAGCCAUGGAGUGAAAGAGCAGAAGGAGGAGAAGGAGAACCCAAAGUCUGUAGCUUUCGUCGUGAAGAUUGGUGGGUUCUGUCCAUGAAAGCGAUUUCGACAUCAUCUUCUUCUUCUCCUCCUCCUUCUCCUUCGCCGCCGCCGUCCCACUUCGCGGCGUCCCUUCUUUCGUCGCGCUCUUACUCGAGCUGGAGCGGCGGCCAAGCCUCGCCGGCGUGCUUCCACCGGAGGAGGCUCGGCGGGGGCGAGACCCGCGUCAAGUUCGUCGUGGUCAUGGCCAAGAAGAAGAAGCCUCCCUCCCCAUCCUCCUCCUCUUCUUCUUCCCACCAGGCUUCCGACUCGACACCUCUGAGAAUCACAUCAAAUGUCAAGCAGAAUUUGCAGUUUCUGAAGCUGUGGAAGGAGUUCCAGAAGAGAAACUCCGGCAUCCCUAAGCCCGCUACCAGCUACCGCAGGAAGAAGUUGCCAAAGGAAGACCUUCUGGAUGAUGACAUGGAGCUCUACGGGGAUCCUACCCUUGCCCUCUACCAUACGAAUCAGGGUAUAGAAAGUGCAGUACCCGUCUUGCUUGUGGAUGGUUAUAACGUGUGUGGCUAUUGGGUGAAGCUGAAGAAACAUUUUAUGAGCGGCAGACUAGAUAUUGCUCGGCAGAAGUUGAUCGAUGAACUAGUUUCGUUUAGCAUGCUCCGAGAGGUAAAGGUGGUGGUUGUGUUUGAUGCAAUGAUGUCAGGACUUCCAACACACAAGGAAAUUUUUGCUGGCGUGGAUAUAAUUUACUCUGGUGAAUCUUGUGCAGAUGCAUGGAUAGAGAAAGAGGUUGUUGCCUUGAAAGAAGAUGGGUGCCCCAGGGUUUGGGUUGUGACUUCGGAUCGCUGUCAGCAGCAAGCAGCGUAUGGAGCAGGAGCCUUCAUAUGGAGUUGCAAAGCAUUAGUUUCUGAGAUCAAAACAUCUCUUAAGGAAGUGGAGAGGAUGCUUCAGGAACAAAGGACAAAUUCUUUUCAAGGAAAACUGUUGAAGCACAAUCUUGAUUCGGAAGUCGUAGAUGCACUCAAGGAUCUGAGGAAACAGCUCUCUGAAAAUGAAUUAAGGGAUAGCUGAGCAGGUUCAUUCGAAGAGCAUGCUCCAUUUUUGGCCCAUUGACAAUCUUUAGCUUCUGGCUUAUUAACCGUUUUGUGCUAGCCAGAAGAGGAGCUAGUACGAGGAGUUCUAUGGCCGAUAUAAUGGGGAGGAACUGUUGUAAUUGAGAAAUUGCUUGCUUCUUGUGAUGGGCCUGGGCCAUUGGCAAAAAUUUCAGGACCAGCAAGUGGGUUGUACAAAAGCUUGGAACCCAGAGGAAUCUCACUAGAAUGCUGGGUCUCUACAUCUUUUACCAAAGAGAAAAGGGAGAAGGCUGUGCAUUACUUGAGUUAGGAAAACGAACAAGGUUGAGAGAUUGAAAAGAUGGGACUGAGUGAUAGAAACUUGAACAAUUCUCUUACUAGGAGAGGUGAAUCUAUUGUGCAGAUAUCAUGCCAAUUUACGAAACUUACAGCUAUGGACCAGUUCUUUGUAGCUCUUGAAAAUCUCUGUGGAGCUAUAAAUUUCAAGGCACCAUCUUGUAUAUGUUUAAUUUCUACUAAGCAAAUGUCAUUGUUGAACUUAAAAUA